CUGCGCGAACUCGCCGGGCAGGAGGAGUCUCCCGUCGACUGGCAGCCCCAGAUCCUGCUGUUCACCGAAACCGCCGAGCGGCGUUCCCGGGUGCUGGCGCUGGCGUCCUGGAUCAGCGGAGGGACCGGGAUGGUGACGGCGGUGCAGUUGAUCGAAGGACAGAGCGGCUCGGAGCUGGCGCGCUCGCAACAGCGCGCCGCGGAGCGGCAGUUGCGGGCGGCGCUCGAGGCGGAUGACCUCGACGCGUUUCCGCUGGUCGUCGUGGCGCCGGACCUGGAGUCGGCGUCGAUGACGCUGCUGCAGGCGUGGGGCGUUGGCCCGGUGCGAGCCAACACGGUGGCGCUCAACUGGCUGGAGCAUCACAACGAACCGGUGUCACGGCGAUACGCCAGGGUACUGCGGCGCAUCAUGCGGCUCAGGCAAAACGUCGUGGUCUUCGAUGCCGCGGAGACCGACUGGGUGCGGCUCGAGCAGACAAAGCCACACCGGCGGCGCAUCGACGUCUGGUGGUUCGAUGACGACUCGUCCCGUCUGGCGCUGCUGUUCGCACACCUGAUGACCCGGACCGACGACUGGGACGAUGCGACAAUCCGCCUGCUCGUGCCGGCUCCGGCCGACAGCGGCCGCAAGGUCGCCGCCAACCUCGCCCAGCGGCUCGAGGACCGGCGCAUCGACGCUGAGAUCGUGCCGGUCGCCGACGCCGAUCGGACCGCGGUCGUGGCGCAGUCUCGCGAUGCCGCAAUCGUGCUUCUGCCGUUGCGGGUCGAGGGCAUGCAGUUGCUCGACCCGUUCGGAGACCCGGUCGAGGAGAUCUUGCGCCCGCUGCCGCUGGUGACGCUGGUCGCCGCCGCGCAGGACAUCCUGCUCCGUACCGACGGCGAGGAUCUGCUGCCCCCGGGCGGGCAGACGUGA